AUGGCGGCCCUUACCCACCGUGUCGGGACCUGCGCGCCCGUGGCGAGCCAGAAGCGGGUUGCGCCCCGCGUGGCUUUCAAGCCCGUCGCGCAGCUGAACAAUGCGGCUGGCCAGGCUGCUGGUGCUUCUGGCGCGGCUGCCCGCUCCGGCGUCGUGAGCAAGGCCGCCGCUGUGGAGGCCCCCGCCGCUGCCGCGCCCAAGGCGAGGAAGAGCGAGUACGAGCUCUACACCUUCAACACCUGGCUCUUCGGGGAGGAGCGCCGCGGCACCCUCGACACCGAGCUGGCCACCGUGCUGUCCUCCAUCAGCGUGGCCUGCAAGCAGAUCGCCGCCGCCGUCGGCCGCGCCGGCAUCAGCAGCCUCACCGGCGUCGCCGGCACCGGCGAGAACGUGCAGGGCGAGGAGCAGAAGAAGCUGGACGUGAUCUCUAACGACAUCUUCUCCCUGUGCCUCCGCAACUGCGGCCGCACCGGCGUGAUCGCGUCCGAGGAGGAGGAGAACCCCAUCGGCGUGGAGGAGACCACCAGCGGCAACUACAUCGUGGUGUUUGACCCCCUGGAUGGCAGCAGCAACAUCGACGCGGGCAUCAGCGUUGGCUCCAUCUUUGGCGUCUACUCGCCCGCCGAGGAGUGCAUCGUGGACAUGGACGACCCCGAGAAGACCCUCGCCUCAUGCAUCACCAACGUGUGCCAGCCCGGCAAGAACCUGCUGGCGGCCGGCUACGUGCUGUACAGCAGCUGCACCAUCCUCGUGCUGACCAUCGGCGACGGCGUGUACGGCUUCACGCUCGACCCCUAUGUGGGCGAGUUUGUGCUGACGCACGACCGCAUCCAGAUCCCCGAGAAGGGCAAGAUCUACGCCUUCAACGAGGGCAACUACGAGCUCUGGGACGACGCCACCCGCAGCUACAUCGACUCCCUCAAGAAGCCCGAGCUCUGGGACGGCAAGCCCUACAGCGCGCGCUACAUCGGCUCCCUCGUGGGCGACUUCCACCGCACCCUGCUGUACGGAGGCAUCUACGGCUACCCCGGGGACAAGAAGAACGCCAACGGCAAGCUGCGCCUGCUGUACGAGUGCGCCCCCAUGUCCAUGAUCGCCGAGCAGGCCGGCGGCCUGGGCAGCACCGGCACCGAGCGCGUUAUGGACAUCGUGCCCACCAAGGUCCACCAGCGCGUGCCCCUGUUCGUGGGCAGCCCCGCCGAGGUGCGGUACCUCGAGUCCUUCACCAAGAAGGCGCAGGCCUGA